AUGUUAGCCUUUUUAUUAACAUUUGGAACAGCAUCUCCCUCUCCUGGAUUAGUUGAUGGAUUGGUUAAUGGAAUGGUUGAUGGAGUUGCCAAUAAAUUUGUUGAUGAUUUGGCAGAUACUGCUGCUCAUAUACUAAAAGGAGGAGAAGGAGGAAGAGGAGGAAGAGGAGGAGGAGGAGGAAUGGGUCAUUAUAACAAUCAUAACCAUAUGAAUCUUCCUCUGAAAGAUCUUGUUCGACACGUCAGAGAUAUGUUUAAUAUUCAACAAAUUCAUGGAACAGAAUAUUGUUCAUGUCCACAUGAGGAAUCGUACAAUAUGAACAUGAACAACUAUCAACGUUCUAUGGGAAACUAUGAAAAUGAUAUGUAUGGAUAUCCCCAAAAUGGAUAUCGCCAAACUGGAUAUCCCCAAAAUGAAUAUCCUCAAAAUGGUCAUUUUAAUAAAUAA